AUGAGCUUCCGAGGCUUCCAGAAAAGCGUCAUUCGAGCGCCGCAACAAUUUAAAGCCAAAUUUAACAUUGGCGAACAUUCAAAAGAUCCCGUAUUCAUCGACGCAGAGCGACGUUUCCAAGAGCUUGAAGUCGAGACAAAACACCUCCACGAUGAGAGUAAGAAGUAUUCCGAUGCCAUUAACGGCAUGCUCAACCACCAGAUCGAGUUCAGCAAAGCGAUGACCGAGAUCUACAAGCCUAUAUCAGGUCGCAUGUCAGAUCCCGACUCGAUAGAGGUUCAAGGCAACCCCGAGGGCAUCCGCGCUUGCGAGGAGUACGAGGCUAUCGUCAAAGAUCUACAAGAAUCGCUCAAGCCUGAGCUUGAGAUGAUCGAGUCGCGAGUUAUUCGUCCCGCGAAUGAACUACUUGACGUACUCAAGGUCAUCAGGAAAACAGCAACAAAACGUGAGCACAAGAAGCUCGACUUCGACCGACACAAUGCGACACUCAAGAAAAUACAAGAUAAAAAAGAGAAGAGUGCCAAGGAUGAGAAGGCCUUGUGGAAAGCAGAGAGCGAUGUCGAGCAAGCUACGCAGGAAUUCAAUUACUUCAAUGAUCUUUUGAAAGACGAACUACCUAAGCUGUUCACUCUUGAGCGCCAAUUCAUCAAGCCGCUAUUCCAGUCAUUCUACUAUAUGCAACUGAAUAUCUUCUAUACGCUCCAUGAGAAAAUGCAACAUUGCGAUAUUGGAUAUUUCGACUUGACGCUUGAUGUAGAAGAGGCAUUUUUAAGCAAGAGGGCAGAUAUCCUGGAGCAGACGAACAGCGAGGGUGACAUCAGUUUUAGGGCAGGACGUAUAGAAAUCGUGACCAGAACACCAAAUGAGAACGAGUGGUGGAUUGGCAAGUGCCAUGGUAAACAGGGCCAGUUUCCUGGAAACUAUGUGAAACUAGGCUAG